GAAUGAGGUAUGAUACAUGUAAUAUUUUUAAUCUUCGAUGUAAUGGAUGUAAUGACAAUGGUAAACUAAUUAUUCUUUUUUUAGCUCAAGGUAUUUUAUCAGAUUUUUUCAAAUAAUGACGUUUCUUGCAUCUGUACUUAUUUAGGAAUAUCACAAGAUCCUAUUACCAAAGAUGUUAUGAUUAUUAUGCCAUAUUAUAGUUCGGGUGAUUUGUCACAUUAUUUAAGUAAUGAAUUUUAUAAUAUUGAUUGGCAUACAAAAUCUAAAAGAUUAUGGGAAAUAGCACAAGGGCUUUUUUAUAUACAUGUAAAAGAUAUUAUUCAUAGAGAUUUACAUAGUGGAAAUAUCUUUCUUAAAGAUAUUAUUAAUAGAGAUUUACAUAGUGGAAAUAUCUUGCUUGAAGAUAUGCUUGCAUAUAUAGGUGAUCUGGGAAUAAGUAAAUCGGCAAUUGAAUAUACAGAAAAUAAUGAUGAGAGAUAUGGUAUUAUUCCUUAUAUGGCGCCAGAGAUUUUUCAAGGACGAAAAUAUACUACAGCCUCAGAUAUAUACAGUUUUGGGAUGAUUAUGUGGGAAUUUAUGACAGGUAGAAGACCUUUUUGGGAUAGAAUUCAUGAUACAGAACUUAUAAUUGAAAUAUGUGAUGGUUUAAGACCACCAAUUGUUACAAAUGCACCCGAAGGAUAUAUUGAAUUAAUGAAAGAAUGCUGGAAUUCUGAUCCAAAUAAAAGACCGAAAGCUACUGUUUUAAGAGACAAAAUGCAGGAAAUAUUCAAUAUUGAAGGCAAAAAUAUGAAUCCAACUAAAAUUAUAAAAUCGUCAGAUAUUGGGCCAGUAGCAACAAAUAAUCCAGGUGCAAUUUAUAAGAGUAGACAUUUAAGUGGUAUGAUUCAAUCUGCAAUGUCAACAAGAAGUUUAAGAGGCAAGUCUAUAACUGCAGAAGUUGGUAAAAGGAAGUUUGAAGAUAACCAAGCUAAAAACUGUUUUGAUGGAGAUAAAUUUAUUAAAAAGAUUAGAUCAAUUGAAACUGAGGAUAAUGGUAAAAUAAUACUUUUGUAUCUUUGUAUUAAUUCCUAAUAAAAUUUAUUUAUUUUCAUUUAUUUAGAUUAUAUUACGCAAGAAUUUGAAUUGGACAUUGAUAUAAAUUAUUCUAAAAAAUAUAUUGAUGAUGAAAGUAAG